CGGCGGCGCUGUGUUAAACAGGCGCAGAAGAAACGGGCAGCCGAACCAAAACAACACCCAGAACUACAAUAAUCCGCUUUUAACGCUUUAAACCGGCGAGAAAAGUGGAUUUAUUUACUCCGGAUCGUUUGUAUGAGGCAGAGAGAGUAAACUAGGCCGCCGCGCCGCUUUUUACUGAAGAUUAAAUCCUAAAACCUUUAAAAUCAGCAGAAACUGCGGAUUCUGAUCCGAUAUAAAGCGGGUUCACCGUUUAAUUCAUAUUAAACCGGAUUAUUCUCCUUUUCUGCGUUUAUUACAGUUUAAAGUGAGAUUAUUAAAGUUAUAAAACAGCGUGGCGGAGCGGCAGCGCUGCAGCCAAUCACAGCAGAGUAUUCUACAGCACGUGGUGAGUAAUUAGACAGUGGGCGUGAUUGGCGGCUGAUGGGCGGGGUCUUCUCUCAGAGCUGCAAUGCGCUCCUGCCCACCUCGCGCCGCCGUAGCUCCGCCCCCUACACGGACACGCCCCGCGAUGACGAUUCGCUGGACGGGCUGGAUCGUCAGGAGGACAUCGCCCAGUUCCCUUACGUAGAAUUCACCGGCCGGGACAGCAUCACCUGUCCCACCUGCCAGGGGUCCGGCCGCAUCCCCUCAGGUCAGGUAAAUGAGUUGGUGGCACUGAUUCCCUACAGUGAUCAGAGACUGCAGCCCCAGAGAACGAAGCAGUAUGUGGGUCUGUCGGUGAUCGUGUGUUUGCUGGUCUCGGCACUGGUGGCGUUCUUCCUGUUCCCGCGGCCGGUUCUGGUGGAGGACGGAGGAAUCCGAUCCGUUAUCGUUCUGUUCGAUCAUCACAAGAGCCGAGUACUGAUCAACCUGACCAGCUCUCUGAAUUUCCACAACGGGAAUUUCUUCACGCUGCUGGUGGAGAACGUUAACAGUCAGGUUCUGUACAUGAAGACGGUGAUCGGAACCCGGCAGCUCGGCAACGUCCUCACCAUCCAGCCCCUCAGCCAGAGACAGAUGAAUUUUACCGUCAGUAUGGAGAUCAGUGGGAGUCUGUCGUACGUGUAUGCUUUCUGCACCAUGCCGAGUAUCAAGGUUCACAACAUCGUGGUUUUUAUGCAGACCUCAGUGAAAACAUCCUACAUGGUGCGCAGCGCUCAGAACACACUGGAGGCGUAUCGCUACAUCGACUGCGGCGCAAACUCCACCGUACACCCCCCCCGCCCCCACACUGAUCAAUAACCAUAAAACUGCACUGAUCAAUAACCCCCUGCUCUGAACAAUAAUCCCCCCCUCUAAUCCAUAACCACAACAUUGCACUGCUGAGGUAAAUCCACUGCCGCCCCUCAGUGGACCUGUGGAUCGACAUCGCUCAGCUUAAUCAAUACCAGCUUAAUCAAUCAAUCAAUAACGUAAACUCCUUCAGAUAAUCUAUCAGUUGUCCAUAAAUAUGGCAGACGGUCCGUCAACUGAGAAACUGCCUGUUUUACUUUUAGCACUGAAGCUAAUAUCGCUAAUAUCGCUAAUAUAGUUAAUAUUACUAAUGUGCUGCGCCAGUUAGCAUCAUGCUAAUCACAGGACUAAAUAAUAAAUAUCACAGACUUUAAUAUAAACUAUAGACGACUCUGACGCAGGGCCCAAUAUUCCACAACCAACAUUAUUCAGCAAAACAUAAAAAAUAAGAAAAAUAAUGAGUAAAAAUAGUCAGAAUGAUUUAUAAUAAACAGUGAAUUUUGAGGUUAUGUAAUUUAAUGCAGUGAUGAAAACCCCGUGUUCCUUUCUGUUCCUUCCUGUCCUGCGAUUAGCAGCAAUGCUAACUCAUUCCUGUAACUGUUAAAAAAAAACUCAUUAGCCUAAUUAGCCUCUUUAGCUAAUGCUAAAAUUCAACACAGAACAUGACGGGACUGAUGAGCUAAAUCACAUUUAAUAACAGGGAAACUGACUCUCCAACAGGCUUAGCGCAGCUAGCAUGCUAAUGCUAACCCUUCUGUAUCGGUCAGUGUAGAUCAAUAUACUUGAUUAGUUUAUGAUUGGUGAUUAGAGUUACUGCUGAGCGAUUGAUUAUUGGAGUUACUUGUUUUUGCACUUUGCUUUACUUCAGGAGUUUAUUGUUCAAACUGAACUUUUAGCGCAUUAGCGUUAGCAUUAGCAUGUGUUACUUUCCUGAGAAAAUUAAAGAUGCCAGAUUUAAUCAGUGUUUAUUUCUCAUUAAUUAUUUAUUUAGGUGAUUUAUGUUAAUCUGCUGAUGGGAAAUUCAGAUUUGAUAUAUUGAAUUAAAUUCAGCAGAUAAAACUCUUACAGCGACUCAUAAUGAGAAUGAUUAGAUUAUUGAUCAGAUUUGGGCUGUUUUUUUCUGUGUUUAUUGUAAAGGGAGGUGAUUUUCUGCACUGUGUAAAAACUGUUUAUAUAUUAUUGUUUUUUUGAGUGAACUUUAUUUAAUUUUGAUGCAGGUAAAAAACGCUUGUAUGUUUUCUUUUUUCUUUGUUUAUGUGUAUUUUGUAUUUUUUUUGUGUUUUGUGAGAUUAACUGAGUUUCUUUACAAACAAAAAGAGCUGUAAAAAAGAGAGUACUUAAACAAAAAAUCAACAAUAUUGGAGCCAGAAUUAAGUAAAAUGAAAAAGAAAAAACUCUUAAA